AUGGAUGCAGAGAGGAAAAAGAGCUGGAGAUGUGAUAAAUGCGUAAAUAAAACUUCUUCUGCAACAAAAGCGGGGCCAUCGUCCGUCUCAAAACAAGCAGUAAAUACACCACAAAAUAGUAGUAAUAUAAGCUCCAACUUGUCAGAUGAAAACUAUUAUGUAACAAAGAGAAACCACAAAAAAACUAGACUUCACGUCUCCUCGGAGGAAUUGGCACAUAACUUAACCGAGGACUAUGCGAGUAAUACCUCGUCAACGUUACUUGAAGACACGCCGAAAAGUUUACCAAAUUUAUCAGUUGAUGAUGACUCAGAACUUAUUGAAGAGAUCAACCUGCUUAAGACUCAAUUAGCUAGCGCCCAUGCGGAAAUUGAACGAUUAAAUAUACAGGUCACCAACCUUCAAAAGAUAAUAGAAAGCCAACAAAAAAAGAGCAAAAUAUUUAAACAACUACUUUCCGAGCCUAGUCCACGAAAGUUGACUCCAUCGAAAUCUGUCAAAAUCAAGCACAGACCACUCCGAAAUAUUGCUCUAGCAUCCUCCCCAAAAAACACUCCCAGUGACGAUGAUAUAGCAAACUUUGAACUGACUACUUUACCUGGGACAAAGGAAAUAAGACAGCAUGAAAUGGCAAACAAUUCCAAAGAGACGACACCUACAGUAUCUUUCAAUGAACAAAGCCAGAGAAUUGUUAUUAUUGGCGAUCAAACAGCACGGAACAUGGCGACAUCUUUAGCACAAACAAGAUCUAAUUACAAAAAUCCGAAGAAAUAUUUUAUCAGUGGAAUAGUAUAUCCAAAUGCAAGUAUUGAACAUGUAAUUCAGUGUUCUAAAAUUAUGAUUGAAGAACUACAAGAAGACGACUGGCUUGUUCUGUGUCUAGGAUCCAAUGACUCGAACCCAAUUAAAAUAGGCGUGGAGCUGUCGUCAUUACUUAAGAAACAAAAUAAGGCAAAAAUAUUAGUGACCAGUGUAAUUGAAAACCCGUAUCUUAAUGUAAAAAGGCUCAAUUCCCAUAUUCAAACUAUUUUAAAGUGUUUCAAAAAUGUCAACUACCUAGAUUUAAGUUACAAUGGUAUAUACCCGUAUCGUAGAGUAAAUAAUGUGAUAGAUACAAUUGACUACAAAAAGUAUUUCCUAUGUAAUUCAAAAAAUAACAAUGGCAUACCAAAAGCUGACUGCAGGUCACUGGAAACCAAUAUAACCGCAAAGCCAGGCACCAUCCCUUUCUAUUUUAAAACUCUUAGAAAACAUAAAACGGCUAAUGAUGGGUCAAUCCCUAUUAACAAAAAAGUGGAACCUCCUAAAGGCACGAUUCCAUACUACUUUAAGACAGUAAAAAAAUACGUUUGUACACAAAAAGACACUGAUCAGCUUUUUCGUUAG